AUGGCUUUCGUUAACAGCCGCAGCCAGUAUGCUAUUUCAGGAGCUGUAACUGUGGCGCCAGUUGACCGAUAUGGUGGAAGCAGUGUGGAUGCAAUAUCCCAACAAGUACUUGCAAAGACCCUGUUUGAUCAGCUGAUGUCAGAUUACGACUCGAGCCUUAUACCGCUCUGUAACAGCGCUUCUUUAGUGACUGUUAAUAUGGAUAUCGCUCUAAGGCAGAUAAUGGACAUAAAUGAAAGGGAGCAAAUAUUGACUACAAAUCUAUGGUUGCGAUUGAGAUGGAAUGACUGUAGACUGACCUGGGAACCGAUGUUAUACAACAACCUGACGUUUGUUACAGUGACGUAUAAUGACGUAUGGGUACCUGACAUCACGUUAUACGAUAGGGGAAUCUUGUAUUCUGUUAAGACAGUUAUAUCUUUCAAACGUGCUGCUGAGGGUGACAUGCUACCGGGAAUAAAGAAUAAUCGUGCUUAUAUUUCAUCUUCCGGUUCCGUGACGUACAACUUUCCGACAGUAGCCAAAUCAAUUUGUAAGAUCAAUGUUAGAUACUUCCCAUUCGAUACACAGGAAUGUCCACUACAGUUUGGAUCCUGGUCACAUCACAGCAAUGAACUAGAUAUGGUUAAUAGUGUAGUGCUCGCGUACGGUCUGUACUUCUAUACUGCCUUUCAUAUUCAUUCUCUUACAAUUGUACACUGUACAGGUGAUCUCGACUAUUACAUCGACAAUACAGAAUGGACCGUUAGCGAUUUUCCAAUAGAAAGACAUGUGCUGUACUACAACUGUUGUCCGGAACCAUACCCAGACGUCACGUUCUACGUCAUAAUGAAACGACGAUCCACGUUCUACAUACUGACAAUGAUAUUUCCGUAUACGUUGACAGCCUUUGUGUCAGCCCUCGGUUUUGUAUUACCUGUAGAGUCCGGAGAGAAAGUCUUACUUCAGGUCACCGUGUUGUUAUCCUUGGCGGUAUUCAUACUUCUUAUCUCGGAAUCCCUACCGCCAUCCUCAGACAAUUUCCCAGUAAUUGGAACAUACUUUGCUACUUCAAUGGCGUUUGUGUCUGCAUCGCUUGUACAAACUGUCAUAGUACUUAAUGUGUUUUACAGAGGGUCUAAUGGACGAACAGUCCCGAGUUGGGCUAGAAUAAUUUUCUUUCAUUGCAUAGGGACGAUGUUGUGUGUCCGAACAAAGAAGUUACAUGUAGUUAAUCUUGUUGGAGAGAUGACGGGAGAUAACCGUUCAGCAGACGAAGAUAGCCUAUACAACGGUAAGGAUAAACUUGUCCUCAUUGGAAAAUAUGACAAGGACUUAAAAGCUACAAGUGAAUACUGUGAAUUAAAAUCACCGUAUCCUACGAAGACAGAGAAACUAGCGGACAAAUUAGCUUCAAACAAUACAACAACUGACAAAACAGAAAAAGCAAUUAAAUUGCACGAGGAACGUUGCAAAACAUCUUAUAUCAGAUACUGA